AUGAUUGAAAUCGGCGUUUUUGAACUCUGGUUCCUCGAUACUGGUAUUAUAUUUAUAUUCGUUAUUGGUUUCUUGGUCUGCAAACGUUGGAAUUCUAAACGUUUGUUUCAUGGCAUAUGUAUCGUUUGUUCUCUAAUCAUAUUUAGUUUGCCCUUGGUCUUAAAAUGGUACUCACCGUGGCCUUUCGCUAGCGUUCACGUACUUUUCUUGAGUGCUAUUACUAGUCUUAUUCUAGUGCUAAAAUUUCUCGAAUGGGGAUUUGCUCGUGAUUGGAAUGAAAUCAGAACGGUACCAAUCAAACAACUGAUAAUAGACUUUACCAGCUACUCACAAUUAUAUUCAUCCACGGAGAAGCAAUCAUCAUUGACCAUCAACGAUAUUUAUCGCAUGAAUACAACGAUGCUUCUCAGAGGAGUUUUUCAAUUUAUUACUCUUCGCAUACUCAUGCAUCUGAUUCCUGAUACAUGGUUGUCUCUGGCUUUGUCAUCACUCACAUUUUGGAUUUGGCCAAUUCGUUACAUAUUACUCUCUUUUAUUCUUUAUAUUUCGAUUAGUGCUGUCACCAAUAUCACGUUCAGCGUCAGUGCUAUCAUAUGGACAAUACCGGUGCAAGCAACUUUUCCCGCUUUUCCAUUUACUUCGUGUAGUAUUCGUGAAUUUUGGUCUCGUCGUUGGAAUCUCUUUGUGAAACACCUAUUGCACCGAAUAUCCUUUAUUGUUAUACCAAAUUGGGUUGGAGUGAGUCAGACAAUGAGUAAUACAAUACGUGGCCUGAUAUCGUUUGUAUUAUCAGGUAUUCUUCAUGAGCUACUCUUCGUCAUGUCCACUGGUCGAUGGUCGGGGAAGAACUUGGCCUUUUUUCUUCUACAUGCAGUCCUCGUAACGAUAGAGAUUAUCUGGGACCGAAGGAGAAGAACGGUUCAGUCAACACAACAAUUUUUCAGAUGGUUACAGACCAUGGCAGUAAUGCUCAUUACUUCACCACUUUUCUUUGAUCCGUGGAUAGAAGCUGGAUAUUUUAUUGCUUUAAAACAAAGUCUUAGCUGGUCUUAA